UAAAAACAUUCUUUCACACAAUUCCAUUUUCAUAUUCAAAUUUAUUCACCAAAAAACCCUAUCUUCCCAUUUCAGUAUGUCCCCCAAAUAGUUUCUUCAUCUUUUCAUCAUGGGCUUUCUUCAUGUGUUCAUCUUUGCAUUAAUCUUUGUUCCUUCAUUCACCAUCAAUGCAGAUGAAUCUCUCAACCUAAAUGAAGAGGUUUUAGGUCUAAUAGUCUUCAAAUCAUCUAUAACAGACCCUUCAUCACAUCUUUCCUCAUGGAACCAAGAUGAUCAAACCCCGUGUUCUUGGAAGUUCAUAACUUGCAAUCCGGUCACCAGUCGGGUCACUGAACUCACUCUUGACGGGUUAAAUCUUUCCGGAAAGAUCGGUAAAGGGCUUGAGAAGUUGCGAAACCUCAAGGUACUAUCACUUGCUAACAACCACUUCACAGGACACAUUAACCCUGAGUUAUCACUUCUCACCAAUCUAGAGCACCUUAAUCUUAGUAGAAACGGUUUUUCGGAUCGAAUCCCGGGCUCUCUAACUAACUCCGGAACCAUAAAGUUUCUUGAUUUAUCACAAAACUUUAUAUCCGGCCCGGUCCCUGAAGAGUUGUUCACGAACUGCUUAUCACUUAGAUCACUUUCUUUAUCCUCAAAUAAUCUUGAAGGUCCCAUUCCUCACUCACUUUCCAACUGCACAACUCUAAACCAUCUCAAUCUUUCCAGCAAUAGUUUUUCGGGUAAUCCGGAUUUCACUUCGGGUAUUUGGACCUUAACCCGAAUCCGAACGUUGGAUCUUUCGCGCAAUUCAUUUACCGGAUCCAUACCCAAUGGUGUGUUUGCUUUACAUGAUCUAAAAGAGCUUUCUUUAGAAGGUAACCACUUCUCAGGAGCUUUACCUUCUGAUUUAGGAUUGUGUCCACAUUUAAAGAAGCUAGACUUUAGCAACAAUCUGUUCACAGAAACAGUUCCAGAAUCUCUAAAAACUCUUUCUACUUUAAGCUAUUUAAAUCUAGCCACUAAUAUGUUAACCGGUGAAUUCCCACAAUGGAUCGGAAGCUUGACUAGCUUGGAGUAUUUGGACCUUUCCAGGAAUAGAUUAACCGGAAUGUUACCGGAAACAAUUGAUGUAUUGUACUCAUUGACAUACAUAAGUGUUUCUGAUAACAAUUUAACUGGGAACAUUCCAGAUGGUUUGUUCAAACUCGGGUUUGACAGAAUCGACUUGUCUAGGAACGAAUUCACGGGUUCCAUCCCACCCGGUUCGAGUAAACUUUUCGAGUCUCUUGAGUCGCUAGAUCUAUCUGGAAACCGACUCAUUGGAGAUAUUCCAGCAGAAAUGGGACUUAACUCUAAGUUAAGGUACUUGAACUUGUCAUGGAAUAAUUUCCAGACAAGAAUGCCACCAGAGUUAGGGUACCUCCAGAAUCUAACUGUGUUAGAUCUUAGAUAUGGUACCUUUCAUGGGUCUAUUCCGGGUAAUCUCUGUGAUUCGGGUCGGAUUGGAAUACUUCAACUUGAUGGGAAUUCAUUCACCGGAUCGAUACCCAAUGAGAUUGGGAACUGUUCUUCCCUCUACUUGCUGAGUAUGUCUCACAACAACUUGAAUGGCUCCAUUCCAAGAUCAAUGUCACAGCUAAAAAAGCUCAAGAUCUUGAAGCUAGAAUACAACCAACUCACCGGAGAGAUACCCCCGGAGCUCGGCGAACUCGAAAACCUUCUGUCAGUAAACAUAUCAUACAACAGGCUGCAAGGAAGACUUCCAUCUGGUGGCGUAUUUCAAACCUUAGGAAAAAGCUCUUUAGAGGGAAAUUUAGGCAUUUGCUCACCAUUAUUGCAAGGACCAUGCAAGAUGAACGUACCCAAGCCUCUUUAUCUUGAUCCAUUCGCAUACCGAAACGAAAACGGAAGACGCAGAGGAGAUGAUCAAGGUGAUCAACCUUCAAAAAGCUUCAAACACCAUCAUUUCCUAAGUUUUUCGGUCAUUAUCGCGAUUGUAGCUGCUGUCGUGAUCGCCAUCGGUGUUAUAGUAACGCUGUUGUUAAACAUUUCGGCUAGAAGACGCCUUGCAUUUGUGGAUAACGCGCUUGAAAGUUGUUCAAGUUCUUCCAGAUCUGGUGCUAGUUUAUCUAUGGGGAAAAUUGUUUGGUUUGAUUCAAAAUCUGAUCAUGAUAACUACUGCAUUGUGAAUCCUGAAGCCUUCUUAAGAAAGGCGAACGAGAUCGGUAGCGGGGUGUUUGGGACUCUCUACAAAGCUUAUGCAGGAGAUGACAAUAAUCUGUUAGCGAUCAAGAAUCUUGUAGUCUCGAAUAUGACUCCGUAUCACGAAGAUUUCAUUCGAGAAAUUGGUGUUUUAGGAAAGUUAAGACACCCGAAUCUUGUGUCGCUAAAAGGGUACUACUGGACACCAAAACUACAGCUUUUAGUGACUGAUUAUGUACCAUAUGGUAGCUUAUAUACCAAACUUCAUGAACGGUCACCUUCUUGUCAACCACUUUCAUGGCGAAAUCGGUUCAAGAUUCUUCUUGGAACCGCGAAAGGACUGGCGUACUUGCACCAUUCGUUCCGGCCACCGAUCAUGCACCACAACAUCAAGCCCAACAACAUUCUUCUCGACGAAAAUCUAACCCCGAAGAUUUCAGAUUUUGGGCUGACCCGGAUUCUAUCAAAGCUGGACAAACAUGUCAUGAACAACCGGUUUCAAAGCGCGUUAGGGUACGUGGCACCCGAGCUUGCGUGCCAGAGCUUACGGGUGAACGAGAAGUGUGAUGUGUAUGGUUUUGGGGUGUUGAUUUUGGAGAUAGUGACGGGGAGGCGACCGAUCGAGUAUGGGGAAGAUAAUGUGUUGAUACUGAAUGAAGAAGUGAAGAUUAUGUUGGAAGAAGGGAAUGUGUUGGAGUGUGUAGACGAGAGUAUAGGGGAAUAUCCUGAAGAAGAGGUGUUGCCGGUUUUGAAACUGGCAUUGGUGUGUACUUCUCAGAUACCUUCAAGCAGGCCAUCAAUGGCGGAAGUUGUUCAGAUAUUACAAGUUAUCAAGACACCGGUUCCUCCUAGGAUGGAAUCAUAUUAGGAAUGUAGUUUGUUUUUUGUUGUUUGCUGUGUAGUUGAUGUUUUGUUACUGUUGUAUGGAUGAUUUCAGAUAAUUAACAUAUAUAAAAAAGAAAAAUGAAAAUAGAAACAAUGCUUCCUGGUUCCUA